AUGUUGGGAUUUCAUCUGAUAGCUCUCUUGCUUACAUCAUACGUUCGUGUAUCUGACCAGCAUGGGUACCUCAGUUGGCCUCCACAGCGAUCGUCACUAUGGCGACACGGACACGACUCACCAAUCAACUACAAUGACAACGCCCUCUGGUGUGGGGGCCUGCCUUAUUUCACACAAGUAGGUGAAAAAUGUGGAACGUGUGGCGAUUCCUAUUACGGACCACACGAACAUGAGGCAGGUGGUAAAUAUGCCCUCGGGAUAAUUGGUGAAAGGUAUCCACUCGGUACUACAGAAAUCAAAGUUACAGUGACGGUGAACGCCUAUCACAAAGGAUUUUUUGAGUUCAAGAUCUGUCCUCACAAUGACCCGCUUUCACCCGUGAAACAAGAAUGUCUGGAUCAGUACCCAUUAAAGAUACAAGAGGCAAAGAAGGAUAAGGAAGGCAGAAAGUAUUACCCUCCAAAAGGUGGCGUGUUGGACCUUACUGUCGAAAUCCCAAAGGGGUUACAAUGUAGCCAGUGUGUCCUUCAAUGGAAGUAUAAAACAGGAAACAGCUGGGGAAAAGACCUAGAUGGGAAUAGUUGCCUGGGAUGUGGACCACAAGAGCAGUUCCAAAAUUGUGCAGAUAUAAGUAUAGGUUAUGACGCUCCUCCAGAAGAAAAAACGUUAGGUUUCACGAAAAGAUCAGUCACAGGGUUCACAAAAAGUCCCGGUACAGUUGGUCCAGACAUUGUAAUGGAUGCAAAUACCAACACCUUAUCUCCGAAUGGAAAGUAUGUCGUCCAUAAACAAACUGAUGCUACGUCCGCUCCCUCACUACCAUCUCCACCUCCGAAAGUUCCUGAUAAAAUCGACAUCAGUGGUCUAAGUCUUACAGGUCAGCUUCAGCAGCUUCUUUCACGGCAAACCGUCUCCCUAACGAAUCCACCAAUGCCGACACAGAUUAUGGCCCGACAUACCACCAAUGUUCCAAGAAAAGCAGAACGUCAGAAAACACCGCCAAAACAAAUUGAGAGUAAUCAACGUGAUAUAAAACAAGUUAAGGGAAGUAAACAGAACAAGCACAGUAAAAACGUUCCUUCAAAGAGGCGAUUUGAAUGGAAAAAGGUCGAGGUUCAUAGAACGAAAAACACAGAAUCUCUUUUUACUGAUCAUCAAAGACGAGGCAUGGUAAUAAGUGCUCCCGGAGAAGCAGUCAUGGGUCUUCCAGAAAAAGCAGUCAUAAGCGCUCCAGAAGAACCAAUCACAUCUGCAGCUGGUAAAUCACAGCAGUCUGCAAAUGUAAUACAGUCCGAAUAUAGUAUUCCCACGUCUGUACCGAGCAAAUUAAAGUCCAUGAAUUCAAACACGCGUGGUAAUGGUGUACGACGGUCAAGAACAAAGCCCGUGAAAAUGACGAAAAAAGAAAGACGGAGGGCAGCCAAAGAAAAGCGGAGAGCAGCAAAGCUUGCCAAGAAACAACGAAGAGAAGCUGCAAGAUUAGCAAAGAAGGCAAGAAGAAUAAAAACGCGAACAAGAUCAAGACAAAGUAGAGUUAAAUCUUCCAAGGCAGUCAUACAGCAAAAGCAGCCGGUUCCCUCUAAAGUGGUAAAACAACACCAAGCAUUAGAUACUGCCACUCAUAAAUUGACUUCAGGCUCAUCAAAGGUAAAUGGUCUUUCGUCAUCUUCUUGGAAGAAAGUUGUGAAUAAACUUAAAAAGAAAUUGUUGAAUCAUUCAAAUAAACCGGGCAGUGAGCAAGCAUACACAGGAUUAGUUACGAGCUUAAAAUAUGUUGUUAAAAACGCAGAUAGAGCAGCAAUAGACCCAGAUGUUCUCCAAUCAAUGAAGAAUCUACUGAAUGAUGUUUCUAAAGGGAGUUCUAACCUGGUAUGA